CCUGCCCGUAGCCUCGGCCGCCCUGCCCAUGCCAUCCCCGUGCCGCCCCACCCGCUGGGUGAGGGAUUUCUUCUCGUACGAGACCCCCAAGUCGGUGGUGGUGAAGAGCUGGGUGGUAGGGGUCGUCAACCGCGGCGUGCAGCUUCUCAUCCUCGCCUACUUUGUCGGAUGGGUGUUCAUCCAUGAGAAAGCCUACCAGGUGCGUGACACCGUCAUCGAGUCCUCCGUGGUCACCAAGGUGAAGGGCAUCGGGCACUACGCGGGCCGUGUGCUGGACACAGCCGACUACAUCACCCCCCCCGAGGGCACCUCCGUGUUUGUGGUGGUCACCAAGCAGAUCGUGACGGAGAACCAGACACAGGACGUCUGCCCGGAGAGUGACCCCACGUUCCGCUGCUCUGCCGACCGUGACUGCCAGGGGCCGAGCCCUGCCACGGGCAGCGGGGUCCUGACCGGGCGCUGCAUCCCCUACAACGGGACCCUGCGCGCCUGCGAGAUCCGCGGCUGGUGCCCGGCCGAGGUGGACACCGUCGAUGUGCCUAUCAUGAUGGAGGCUGAAAACUUCACCCUGUUCAUCAAGAACAGCAUCCGCUUCCCACUGUUCGGCUUCGAGAAGGCCAACCUGCCCCCUCCCGGCAGUGGGUUGUCCCUGGGUCGCUGCCGGUUUCACCCUGAGCUGGCCCCUCUGUGCCCCAUCCUGCGCCUUGGCGAUGUGGUACGACUGGCAGGACAGGACUUCCCCGAGCUGGCCACCACCGGCGGGGUGUUGGGCAUCAAGAUCGGGUGGAUGUGUGACCUGGACCGGGCAUGGGAGCGCUGCCAGCCUCAGUACUCCUUCACCCGCCUGGAUGGACGUGCCCGUGCCCUUGCCUCUGGAUACAACUUCAGGCAUGCCCGGUACUACCGCUGGCCCGACGGCUCCGAGCACCGCACUCUCACCAAGGCCUUCGGCAUCCGCUUUGACGUCCUGGUGUAUGGCAAUGCUGGGAAGUUUGGCAUCGUCCCUACCCUCAUCAACACAGUGGCAGCUUUCACCUCCAUUGGAGUGGGCACGGUGCUGUGCGACAUCAUCCUGCUCAACUUCCUGAAGGGAGCUGAACACUACAAGGCUCGCAAGUUUGAGGAGGUGCCAGAAGCUGGAGUACCCGCCCCCUCCACCAGCCCCACAGCCAGUGCCCACCGGGGGCUGGGGGGCUGCAGCCGUGACAAGCAGUCCACAGACUCGGGCACCUUCUCCCUCGGGCUGUAGCCCCCUGCCUGCCCCCUGCAAUAGGGCAGCUUCCCCCUGUACCCUGCUGUGGGGCAACUCCCGCCCACACUCUGCCCACUCCAGGCUGGUUCCUCCAGCCCUGUUCCACAUCCCUAGGCUGCCCCAGCCCCAUUGUCCCCCCAUCUUAGGUACCACCCCGAGACCCCAUAGGACGCCCAUCUCCAGAAAAGGAGCCUGGGGAGGCCCAGGGCUGGACCCUGGAGCACUGGGUGCUGCUGGGUACCAGGGUUGAUAUCCCAUCCCUUCACCAGACGGGUGCUGCCCCCUCGGUGCCCUGCACCUUUGCUACCCUCCGCUACCUGCUGCUUCCAGCUGGCCCCAGGCUCCGGGGACUGCACCCUCACUCCAAUAAACUCGCCUCACAGCA